UGGGGGUCGGGCGGCGCCGAGAGGAACGAAUUGCAGUAAGGGAUUACAAAGAAUUGUGACGGACAGCGAUUCUCAGAGUGGCAACUCGGGACUCCUGGAAUGGAGGGGGGAGAAAGUCCCAUGAAUAGACUUGUGGCAGAAACCUUGACAUUGCUCUCUACUCAUCGAACUCUGCUUAUAGGCGACGGGAAUCUGAUGAUUCCUACUCCUGAACAUCAAAAUCACCAACUGUGCAUUGAUGAAGUGUUUCGGGGAAUAGACACAUUGAAGAAUCAAACUGCACAAGGAGAUGCUGUGGAAAAAUUAUUCCAAAACUUGUCUUUAAUAAAAGAAUACAUUGAGCUCCAAAAAAACAAGUGUGGAGGAGAAAGAUGGAGAGUAAAACAAUUCCUAGACUACCUGCAAGUGUUCCUUGGGGUAAUAAAUACUGAGUGGAUAACAGAAAGUUGAGACUAAAUUGGCUUAUUGGAGUGAAAGAUUUUGGAGGAGAAGAAGGAUGUUUUAUUGCAGUGAGAUUUAGGGCCAACCAAGAGUGGGGCCUAAUAAUUAAACUCAGUGUAAUUAAACUUAAGGGGCAAAGUAAACAUUCCAGGCAUACUGAUACUUUACCACCUCACAUGGGCAGAAGGCAUAGAAAUAAAUAUUUGAGAUAUAUCUCAGAGAUCAGAAUCAAUGAAGUAUAUUCCUCCAGCAUGCUCCAGACAAAAUAAAUAUGUACUUUUCUUUUAAUUCAUGUAACAUUCUGUAAAAUGUCCACUAAUAUUAUUUAUGAAAUGAUUAAGAAUUUGGUAAAUUAAUAUUUAUUUCAUGUUAGGCUAUGUUCCAAUAAAA